AUGGAAGCCGGCUGGCGGCGAAGGAACGAAAGGUCGCCGCGAACAAUAGAAAUGUCAGCCCCAAAGGCUACCCUAAUUAUCAUUUUGUCCUUUAGGCCCUUUAAGGUCUUUCACACCGUCCGUUAUGAACCGGUGAGCCGUCAAAUUGUGUCGUUCUCGGCACACGCGGCAAUUGCGCAGAUAACUGCAUAUGGCGCUGUUGCGCCAUCGCCGCCUGCGAUUCUUCCACGACCUGGGACGAUAUUAUCCGUUCGGGAGAGACGGUUGUUCCUGUGUAAACAGUUGAUGGCAGUUCCUACUCAACGACCGAGCAGGCGGCUUUUACUACCGCAGCUGAUCUUAAUCGCGGUCACAGCAAAUACAGGAUAG